GUGGCUGAAGAAGCAGCGCAGCAUCAUGAAGAACUGGCAGCUGCGCUGGUUCGUGCUGCGCUCGGACCAGCUCUACUUCUACAAAGACGAGGAAGAAACCAAACCGCAGGGCUGUAUACCACUGCAGGGAUGCCUGGUCAAUGAACUCACAGCUAAUCCAGACGAACCAGGAAGGCACCUGUUUGAGAUCGUACCAGGCGGAACAGGAGAGAAGGAUCGGGCACCCAUCAGCCAUGAAUCCUUCCUGCUCAUGGCAAACUCCCAGAGCGAUAUGGACGACUGGGUCAAGGCCAUACGGCGGGUCAUCUGGGCACCAUUUGGAGGAGGGAUAUUUGGCCAGCGUCUAGAGGACACGGUGCAGUACGAGAAGAAGUUUGGCCCCCGCCUUGCACCCCUGCUGGUUGAGCAGUGUGUGGACUUUAUCAGAGAGAGGGGUCUGGAUGAGGAAGGUCUCUUUCGAAUGCCAGGACAGGCCAACCUGGUCAGGGAGCUGCAGGAGGCCUUCGACUGUGGGGACAAGCCCCUGUUUGACAGUAACACAGACGUCCACACAGUGGCAUCCUUGCUGAAGUUGUACCUGCGAGAGCUGCCUGAACCAGUUAUCCCCUUCUCCAAAUAUGAAGACUUUCUAACCUGUGCGCAGCUUUUGGCCAAAGACGAGGAGGAGGGAGUCCAGGAGCUUGGAAAGCAAGUUAGCACUCUACCUCUACCGAACUACAACCUCCUCAAGUACAUAUGCAAAUUCCUUGAUGAGGUCCAGUCCCACUGUAAUGAGAACAAGAUGAGUGUCCAGAACCUUGCCACAGUAUUUGGACCUAACAUCCUUAGACCGAAGAUGGAGGACCCGGUCACUAUCAUGGAAGGAACUUCUCUUGUCCAGCACCUGAUGACAGUCCUCAUCAGGGAACACAACCGUUUGUACUCAGGGAGGGAACAGGAGGGGCCAGCUCUACCCCAAACUGAGAUCCCCAUCCAAGGGCAUCAUCUCCAACACCGCAGCCUGGGAGCCUGGAUCUCUGAAGAGGACCUUCAGAAUUGCCCCGUCUCCAACCCAGACCAAGAUGUGCACAGCAGUGCCUCAUCCCUGGACGCCAAGCUGUGCGCAGCCGUCAGUCCCACUCAGACCCCUAACCCAAACCCUGGACCAAAACUUGGGUCUUCAUCGGGAAAGGGUGAGACGGUAAUCAGUCCGAGUAAACAAGCCAAGACCAUGCCUUCCUGGAAAUAUUCCUUCAAAAGCUCCUCAGCGCCUCGUUCCCAGCCGCAAGCUAAGCAAACCAGCAGCAGUGGCUCCGCAGCAGAUACAACCAGUCUGUCUUCUGGUGGUGGAGGAGGUGGAAGCGGUGGCAACUGGCUUAUGAACGGUUUGUCCUCCUUGAGGGGACACCGGCGCACAUCUUCAGGGGAACGGUCCACCCGUGACCGUGACUCCACCGGUUCCUCCCAGAGGCUGUCCACGUAUGACAACGUGACCUCCUCCUCUAGCAUGGGGAGCGUUCCAAGUGUAUCCAGCACACCGUGGUCCACGUCCUCCUGUGAAAUAUCUGUCCCGGACUCAGCAAGCGAGCCCCCGGUGCACCAGAACUGUGGAGGUGUGUUGGAAGGUGGAGAUAGCCACAGAGAGAUUAACAAGGAAAGGGAUGGAGGGAUGACGACAGACGCGAGCUCCGAGCAGGACAGUUGCGAGGCCAUGGAGCUGUGCAGCAGCAGCGCGGCCUGCAGUGAAAAUGGAAACGUGGCCACAGCAGCCGGGGUGCCGUCCAUUAUCAUGUCCGAAGAUGGAGAUGGGGAAAAACUAACACUGAGCAGCCUGGUAGAGGGACUGAAAGACGAGCUGAGAAAACAGAAGACUACAUAUGAGACCAGGAUCCAAAAAUUGGAAGAGUCUAGUGCUGCUCUGUGUGCCCAGAUGGAGCGUUUGGAACAGGAGAUGGAGCAGGAGAGGAAGAAGCAGCGCAUGCUGGAGAUAAAACUCAGAAACUCUGAGCGGGCACGGGAGGAUGCGGAGAAUCGCAACCGCCUCUUGGAAAAGGAAAUGGAGGAUUUUUUUGCCACGCUGGGCGAUCUGGCCCUUGGUGCAAGGACUAGUGACCUUUGAUACAC